AUGACGGUCGGACCUACACUUGGGACAGGUGUGUUCGUUGGGAUAGGCCAAGCACUUGCUGUUGGCGGUCCCGCAUCGCUCAUCUUCUCUUUUGUAUUCAUAUCGACAUUGGUAUAUUGUGUGACAACUGCGAUCGCCGAGAUCUCAACUCACUCCCUCACUCGCAAUGGGGCAAUGAUCACACACGCCUAUCAUUACACUUCAACUCACAUGGGAUUCUCUAUAUCCUAUCUUCGAUGGAUUGCCCUGGCGGUGUUAGUUCCCUUUGAAGUCACAACGGCGAUGGUCAACCUUGCACUGUGGGAACCUGAUUCCAGUAUUGCGUUACGCAUGGGUGCCGUCAUCGCUGUGAUACUCUUCUUCAAUAUGCUGCCCGACAAAAUCUUUAGAAGAUCGCAAGCCUUCUUUACAGGUAUCAAAUUCGUCACGACGAUCGGGCUCAUCAUUGUCUCGUUUUACCUCGCGAUUCGCGCCAUUCAACCCGAUGCCAAAGUGGGAGGAUUUGAAUAUUGGAUCCAGCCCGGCCCCUUCAAUGAAUUUCUGCUUAGAGGCGACCUAGGUCGCUUCCUUGGUAUACUAUAUUGUAUCCUCUGCAGUACGGUGGCUUUCGCCUUCGUCCCGGAGCUGACCGUGCAAAGGGCCGAACAACGUGAUUCAGAGCCUGGACAUAGCAUCUUCAAAUCCACCAGAAACAGCAAUCUUGUUAUGUUCGUACUCUACACAAUAAGUGCGUUGGCCACUACCGUGAUGAGUUCUCAUGAUAAUAAGUCGCUCACAAAUAGCGGUACUGGUGCUGGACUCUCUCCUUACGUCGUCGGUAUCAAUGACUCGGGAAUCCAUUUUCUACCAGCGGUUGCGACAGGUUUGAUUUUCCUAUCAUCCGUAGCGUCCGGACGCUCUUUUCUCCAUCUAUCUUCGCGCAUGCUGUGUUCGAUGGCAGAGACCGGCCAUGCCCCAGCAAUGUUUAUGUUUCGGAAUCGAUGGAAUGUUCCUUACAUGUCGGUGGGCAUCACGUCGGGGUUCACAUGGCUGGCGUAUUUGUGCAUGGUCACUUCGAGUUCCGCUGCGUACAACUACCUCAUGUUUUUCAUCACUACGUCGGCUUAUCUUUCCUGGAUAUGUUCGUGCUUCUCUUAUAUCCAAUUCCGACGAGAGGUCCGCAAAGCAGCAAUCUUGCCUUUGCAUCAAUCCUUCGUCCAGCCCUUUGGAACAUGGUUUGCUUUGGUUACUAGCGUUAUAUUGAUUCUGCUCAAUCUCGUGCAAAUUGCUGUCGCCCCCCGCAGCCAGUUCAAUCCCCGGAACGCGAUCCCUAGCUUCAUUGCCGUCGGUCUGUUUGGCCUCAUGUACGGUGGCCAUCGGCUCCCUUUCCCGGUCACCGCCCCUCUGAACUCACCCAUCGUCAACGGCGCUGUCUCGGAUUCGGCACCACCCGACGAGGAGGAGCCGUAUACCAUCAAAUGUAUAUGUGCGUUCGAAGAUGACGAUGGGAACACGGUGUUCUGCGAGGGUUGCGAAACAUGGCAGCACAUCGAGUGCUAUUACCACGGUCGGACUGUCCCAGAAGUGCAUAACUGUGUUGACUGUGAGCCCCGUCAUCUCGAUGGUCGGCGCGCCACGGAGCGACAAAGGCGCCUCAGAGAGCAGAGCGAUGGCGGUGACCGAAAAGCCAAACGAUCCGGGACGAAGAGCCACAAGAAGAAGGUAAGGGAACACGGGGAUCAUGUAAAUGGUUUUCAUCAGCGGUCAGAGUCGACCAGCCGCGAGCAGCUGCCGUCCAAAAAGACCAAGACAGGUCAUCGCGCGUCGCACUCGGUCAGCUCGCUGUCCGGAAUUCCGGUUCUCAGCUCUGAUGGGCGCAAGCGCACUGCAGCCUCCAUGAGCCCGACUAAAUCGUCAGGCCCCUCAAUUCCCUUAUAUUCCAAUGAGUUCAUCCAUCUUUAUGACCAGGACCAUGGUCAUGCCGACAUCGAUGGCAAUCUCUUUGUCAACUUGACACUAGCAGCAGAUCUAGCCUCGUGGUUGAAAGAUCCGGUAUCUCUUGCGCAGGCUGCGAAUGGUCGCGCUGCAGAGGAAAUCUUCACCAGGUCUGGUGCCGCCUUGGACCGAUCUCAUUGGCCGUCACUAUCACUUGAAUCAAUAACAGAUUCUAAUACUGAAAUCGAUGGCAAACAUCCGACUUGGAAACUUCUCAAAACCCAGGAUGGUGUUCAUAAAGAUGAGAUCGUUGGUGAGAUUACAGGGAAGAUCGGUCUACUGCGUGACUAUUCCCUUGAUCCCAGUAACCGGUGGCAGGAAUUACGACACCCUGAGCCGUUUGUCUUCUUCCAUCCCCAGCUCCCAAUCUACAUUGAUAGUCGACAAGAGGGCAGCAUUCUCCGUUAUGCGCGACGAUCUUGCCGACCGAAUGUGACAAUGAAGACCUAUAUUACGAAUGACGUGGAGUAUCAUUUCUGCUUUGUCGCCAAAGAGGACAUUGCGCCCGAUUCAGAAAUCACCGCCACAUGGUAUCUAGAUGCACAGCUGUUUGGACCUACCAAUGACCUCGUCAAACAAGAGCCUGGUGAUGGUGUGCAGGAAAUGGCUGCUAUUUGUAUAAGCAAUGUGCUGGCUAAUUUUGGUGGCUGUGCAUGUAUCCCUCCUCAUAACUGCUUACUUUCAAAUCUGGAUCGUCGGCGGCAUCCCAAACUCGCUGAUGGCGGCAUCAAGCAAGCACAUAGGCGAAGGAAAACGAAAAGCAAAUCCAACGCAUCACCGCCGGCCAACAACAGUCGUGCUGGAAGCGAAACCAUCAAGAAUCCCGAGGAAGAUGAUCACGCUGACAGCCGUUCUGCAUCGGGCUCCACUCGUGGACAGACCCGUAGCCGCGAUCUGACACCUAGUAUGCAAACGCCCACUGAAGGCUUUGCCUUUGGGGAUUCCGAGUUAUCUGCUCGCGAAAGGCGCAAGAUCGCGGCUGCAGAAAAGAAGUUCCAACAAUUGGAACAAGACCAACAGACAUCCCACAAACGGAGGAAGCGUGUUAGUGGUCAGUCGACUCAAACACCCGGGCCGGGCGGCUUUGAACGCAUAUCACACUCACCCCCAUUAUCUGCUGGCGGUCACGGGUCCCCGCGGAAACCUUCUGGCCCCAGUACGCCUUCGAUGCGCUACCCACACAUUCAGUCUCAAUACGUCGACUCCGCUGUUCAGACGGAGCUAGAGACCGCUAAUGGCAUGAUACUCUCACCUCCUUCCUCCAAGCGGCCAAGCUUCAUUCCCCUCACCCAGCGCCUGCUUAAACGUUGUCAUAGUGACCGGAUUCGACUUGAGAAUACCGGUGAGCAACAGCCUGUCUCUCAGUCGGCUAAGGCUCUGCAUGAAAGGCUAUCAAACCCUCCAGCAGUCGCUACCCCCACUGCUACAACACCCAGUGUCUCGGGGGAAAAGGAAGAUGUGGAAAUGCGAGACCUUGAGUCACCCACGGGGGCGUCCUCGGCAAGGUCGCAAACAUCUGUGGAUACCUCGCCAUCCCAUGGGCGUGGGCAAGGGAAGCCGUUGCCGAUACCGUCACCUUGGCCCUCGAGCGCGGCACAUAUCGCUCGCAUACCUGAGCGUAAAGCUACAAGCCCCCGCGUGGAUCUCCACGUCCCUCUUCCUUCAGCCACCGCCCCCUCUCUACCGUCGGCCACCAGCCCAAACUCCGCAAAGUCUUCGGCCGUAUCGUCGCCAUCCACCUUAGAAGCGCCCUCACAGCAUUCCGCCACGACCACUCUACCUGGAGCGGGAGUGGUGGCCCCUAGUCCUGUGAAGAAGAAGCUGAGUCUAGGUGAUUAUCUCAGUCGAAGGGGCUCGUUGAAGCCUCCAACAACCGAGAAAACACAGGCGCAGACCACCGCGAUGCCGCCUCCCACUCCACCUGCCCAGCCUUCAGAAAGGCGGGAUGGUUUGACCAUGGCAAACAACACACAUCCGGAGAUUGACUCAACGGCUCAGUUCGGGAACCCGACUACAUCGGACAUCGCGAUGAAAGACGUUCCUGGCUCAACGCAGACUGCACACCCCCCUCCCGUCUCCUAAAUCACCACUCUGUCAUGUCUCUGGGGGUCUGCACAAACGAUUGGCUGUUGAUACCUCAGACAACAUAUUUGCUUUUUCUUCUUGUUCUUAUUACUUUUAUUUCUUUUAUUGACUUGUAAACGAUUGGAAUGGACCGGCGUUCUUCAUGGGCUUACGUGUUUUAUUCUCGUGGUGGGUUUGAGGACGGCGUAUUCGGCGCGUUCGGCGGAAAUAUCUAAUGGGCUACGGUAUCUUUAGGAUCAGGAGAACUAUGGCCACUGCGAAUACUUGUGCACAGCCUUUUGCUUCAUGAUUUGUCUUUAUUACUUUCUUUAUCUCUUCCAAUACCACUGAUAGGGAUAGCCUACAGUCAGCUUAGCUGUCCAAUAUGAAUGGGGGCAAGACCCUCACAUUCUCAGAUCCG